AUGAGUGAAUCGCAGGAUUCCAAAAGCGCCGCUGCAAUGAGCGACUCUGAAAGCGAUGAAGACAUAGCGGUGGUCUCUGAGCCACCCUCAGGACAUCGAGCCCAAAAUGCCUAUUUCAAAACACUACUGUCCAAAGCUGCAUCAAACCUAACAAAGGAAGAGCAAGCGACUCAUGCAAACACACAACAAUUCGAAAACUCAACCCGCCAUCUCCUGACAACUCAGGAAUUCGCUGCUACCAUACACGAUCCCCGAGAGUACCAGAUUGAGCUGUAUGAGAAGGCUAAGAAGGAAAAUACGAUAGCGGUGCUUGAUACUGGAUCCGGAAAGACCCUGAUUGCGGUACUCCUCUUAAAACACAUUAUACAAAAUGAGUUGAUUGCUCGAGACAGAGGAGAAAGCUCACGAAUUUCCUUCUUUUUGGUCAGUGAUUUCCCCCCAAGAGGUGCUCUACGUGCUGACAGGAUGCAGGUCAAUAGCGUGACAUUGGUCUUCCAGCAAUCCGCCGUCUUGAGGAACAACAUUGAUCAGACCGUUACUCCUUUGAUUGGAUCCAUGGGCUUAGACCUUUGGAGUAAAGAAAUAUGGGAGAAAACUAUGAGCGAGAGCAUGAUAGUCGUGUGCACUGCCGAUAUCCUGGACCAAUGUCUCUUGAAUUCGUACAUCCGGAUGGAAAAUAUCAACUUGUUGAUCUUUGACGAGGCACAUCACACUAAGAAAGACCAUGCAUAUGCAAGAAUCGUCAAAGAUAGUUAUCUCAAAGCAGACCCAGCGUGCCGACCACGGAUAUUCGGAAUGACAGCAUCUCCCAUUGACGCCAAAGGCGAUGUCGUCAAGGCAGCUCAGGACCUCGAAUUGAUGCUGGACAGUAAGAUCUCGACCACCUCGAAUAUAACUCUUUUACGCCAGGUAGUAAAUCGACCAGAGGAAGAGGCUUGGAAAUACCCAAUGCUCAACGCACCCUUCAAAACAAAGCUCUAUGAAAUGCUGGAGAAGGACUAUGGAGACAUUGAGUGUUUUGCCAAGAUGUUCUCCUUCUCGCUCCAGGCUACUGCAGAACUCGGAGAGUGGUGUGCAGACCGUGUCUGGUCACAUGCCCUAGGAGAGGCGACACUUCCAAAGUUCUACGGAAAGCUCAACUCAGCCUUUAAACGACUUGCCAUUGAAGAAGCUUCUGAAAUGACAGAGAAUGAGAAGAAAAGAAUCACAGAGCUUUCUGAACGAGUUGCUAAAUAUAAGUUGGCCAGUGGUGUCGGCAUAUUUGAACAGCUGAGUCCCAAAGUCAAGGUAUUAGUCCAAAAACUGUCAAGCUUUUUUGAGGAAGCACCGGAUACGAAGUGCAUUGUUUUCACAAAACAAAGAUAUACAGCUAGACUUCUUGAAGCUGUAUUCAAGGAACUGGAUAUUGCAAGCUUGAUUCCUGGGGUUCUGAUAGGCAUUAGAUCCGGCGAUCAUCUUGGAAUGAAUUCCACAUAUCACCAGCAAUUCAAAACUAUGUUUGCGACUUCUGUCGCCGAAGAAGGUCUUGAUAUUCCAGAUUGCAACCUCGUGGUCAGGUUUGAUCUCUAUGACACCCUCAUUCAAUAUGUUCAAAGCAGAGGUCGAGCAAGACAUGAAAAUUCAACAUAUGCACACAUGGUAGAGAUCGACAAUAUGGAGCACGAGUCUCGGCUGGAGGAAGUACAUCAGGCGGAGAUGGUGAUGCGUCAAUUUUGUGAAAGUCUUCCCGAUGAUAGAAUUCUGGGCAACAACGCCAACGACUUGAAUGAUCUGUUGGAUGACAAUACCAAAAAAAGGCAAUAUUCGAUACCAAAGACAGGCUCAUGUCUCACAUAUCAUUCAGCAUUGACCGUCCUUGCCCGUUACGCAAGCUCUUUACAAUACGAGAACGAAGCAUGUCCACGAGUCCACUACGUGUUAUCUCCAGUUCAGAAAAUGUAUCAAUGCGAGGUGAUACUGCCAGAAACAUCGCCAAUCCGGGGUUUGGUAGGCAAGCCAGCAUCACAAAAGUCACUCGCGAAAAAAUCGGCUGCAUUUGAUACGUGUAUCCUCCUUCGCGAACACCAGUUGCUAGACGAUUAUUUCAUGUCUACCUACCAUCGGAGAUUGCCUGCAAUGCGGAAUGCCAAACUCGCCAUCAUGUCGAAGAAAACAAAUCAAUAUCCCAUGAUGACAAAACCGAUGUUUUGGAAACGGGGCCAUGGUGCUGAGUUGGACAGUUUGUACCUCACCGUAAUUUCUCUCAGCCCGGCACGAAAACUACAGAAAGCUUACAGAAGUGUACUUCUGUUAACUCGAGAGCCACUUCCCCAGUUUCCAGAGUUUCCCAUAUAUCUCGAGGACGACGUUGAAACUACAAUCAGAUCAACUCCAUUGACAAAGGUAUUUACGGUGACACCUAGUGAGCUCAAUCUCAUGACUGUAUUUACGCUAAGGAUGUUCCGAGACUUGUACAACAAGACGUAUGAGCAGGAUACCGUAACGGUACCGUAUUGGCUGCUACCAGCAUCUACGGCCUCUGAAUCGUUUAAUGACAUCCUUGAGCCAUUUGAUGCAAUUGACUGGGACAGUUUACGUUUCGUCAAUGACCACGAUGAGAUACCUCGGACCUUCUUUAGUUCAGAGGACAUGGCUGGUCGGUUUGUCUACGAUCGAUGGAAUGGAAAGUAUCGCUAUUUCUUGACGGGGGUAAACAAAAAGCUCAGUCCUUCAGACCCAGUCCCUCCUUUUCUACCUCGUCGUCGACACAUGGAAAACAUUAUGAGCUACGGCCUGAGCUUGUUCAAAAACGCCAGGACAAAUUUCUUGAAUACAUGUGAUUGGCAACAAAGUGUUUUCGAUGCAGAACUGAUAUCACUUCGCAGGAAUCUGCUUGACGAAAUGACUGAAGCUGAGAAAAAGGUCGAAGAUAAAUCCGUGGUCUGUUUAGAAUAUACGGUCAUUUCAGCGGUAAGUUUUUUUCUCUCCUACCAUCUCCCACCCUUCAUGUAUGUGAUACUGACCGAGUCCGAGAUUCCUGCCUCUGUUGCUACAACUUGCUUUGCGUUCCCUGCUAUCCUCACCAGGCUGGAAUCAUACCUCAUUGCCGGCGAAUGCUGCGAUAGCCUAGGCUUAAAGGUUGAUUUAGGGUACGCUCUCGAGGCUGUGACAAAGGACUCAGACAACACCGAUGAACACCGUUUGGAGCAGAUACAAAUCCAAAGAGGCAUGGGGAAAAACUACGAGCGCCUUGAAUUUCUCGGAGACUGCUUCUUGAAAAUGGCAACCUCUAUAUCUUUAUUUGCGCAGAAUCCCUUCGACCAGGAAUUUGAUUUCCAUGUCAAUCGAAUGGUUCUUAUUUGCAACAGGAACCUUUUCAAUACGGCUAAAGAGCGAAAAAUCUACGAGUUCAUCCGCAGCAAAGGCUUCUCUAGGAGGAACUGGUAUCCUGAAGAAAUGAAAUUGCUCAAAGGAAAGGCAAAUGAAAGCAAGACGUCGACAGCAAAGCAGCCACUGGGCGAGAAAACAAUUGCAGACGUCUGCGAAGCAUUAAUUGGAGCAUCCUUCCUCUCUGGUGGCCCUGAGCACCGCUUUGAUAUGGCUGUUAAGGCUGUGACUGCGUUGGUCAAUAAUAGCUUGAAUAAUAGCUGCCAUGUAGCACACAGGUGGGCGGAUUAUUUCCCACUUUACUCCCUGCCAUCUUAUCAAACUCAAGAUCCAGAUGGGUUUGAAAAGGACUUGGCGCGAAAGGUGGAUAGUAAGCUGGGAUACAGCUUCAAGUAUCCAAGGUUGCUUCGAUCCGCAUUUACUCAUCCGUCAUUCCCUUCAGCUUGGUCUAGAGUGCCUUGCUACCAACGGUUGGAGUUUUUGGGUGAUUCGCUGCUGGAUCUGGUCUGUGUUGAGGACUUGUAUCAACGAUUCCCUACCCGUGAUCCACAAUGGCUCACUGAGCAUAAGAUGGCUAUGGUGUCCAACAAGUUCUUGGGAACACUAGCUGUGCAGCUCGGACUACACACUCAUCUACAGUAUUUCAGCAAUGCGCUUCAGUUCCAGAUUAAUAAAUACGUCGAGGAGUAUCAGCUGGCUUCCGAGAAUCAGAAAGCCGCGGACUUCUGGCUGGACACCGAAGAUCCCCCCAAAUGCCUACCAGAUAUGUUGGAAGCAUAUCUUGGUGCCAUGUUCGUGGAUUCGGAGUUCGACUUCAGUGUUAUCGAGUUAUUUUACGGGAAGCAUAUCAAACCGUACUUCGAGGACAUGAGUCUGUAUGACACAUUUGCAAACAAGCAUCCCACUACCUUUUUGAACACUACCUUGACAACCAAUUUCGGCUGCGCGCAGUUUUCCCUGAAAGCGGGAGAAAUCCCCGGUGCAGAUGGAGCGCCUCCGGUCGUUCUAGCCGCCGUGCUGGUUCACGAUGUGGUUUUGGCACAGGCAAUGGCCUCUUCUGCUCGAUAUGCAAAACUGAAAGCAAGCCAGAUCGGCCUAGAAAAAUUGGAGGGGCUCAUGCUGAAUGAGUUUCGUGAACAGUACCAUUGUGAAUGUUCAAAGGGAACUUCAGUAGCGCAGGAUGGUGUCGGCUCUGCGAUUUGA